AGCAAAUCAAUCAAGUUUCACGCAUCUAACGUGCGUGUGACGUCAUGACGUCAACGUCAACGUCUUUGCCAGAUCAUUCCAGCGUCACAUUGCCGCCUUUUUCUCUUGAGACGUGACUUCGACAUACGGCUUUGACACAUCGUAUUGGACUACUACCUAAGACUGCCAUGGCUGAUUCGACGCCUGCAAGACUGAAAGUGAUUUUGGGGGAGAACAACAUUGAAAAACUGUCUCUUCCAAAUGGCAUACCGGAAUCAUUGGAUGACCUUCUCAGCAAGUUAAAGACUUUCUUUGGGUUAAAGGGCGACGUCAGACUGCAGUACAUGGACCAAGACUUUGGCAACGACUUCUUCAAUCUGAAUUCCACCACUCAACUUCAGGAUUUGGGAACAAUCAAAGUGAUCCACCAGCAAACAAAUACACCUUUGAACAUUGCCACUGAUACCACAUCAUCGUCUUCACUUGAGUGUGAUGGCAAUGUUUCGUUGGCAUCAGAUGACACAAUAAUCCUCUCAUCCCCCGAAUCUGUGUCCUCUCGAGCCAAACAGUGGCCAGCGCACUUUCCUAUUCCUCAAUUUUCAUAUGACACGGAGCUGCAGCUAGUGAAGGGGAAUUCUGAGUUUAAUGGAAGCCACAAAAUGUUGACUGUCAGCUCCCGAAGCAAGUCUGAUAUUCUGAAUAGACUUGCAGAAACAAUUUACGGGUACAAGGCCUAUCCAGAUGAUUCACAUUUCUGCACAGGAGCAGAGGCUCUUAUCAAAAAGCAUCCUUGUUUGAAAGAACCUGGCUCAUUCAAUGGCUGCAAUGGAUGGAAACAGCGCCUGAAAUAUAAGAUGGGAAACUACAGGACUCAGCUCAAAUUGCAGGGGUGCCCAGAGCUGGUGGUAAAUUCCCUGAAAUCUAAAGCUGCUACAGAUGCUUUCCCUGCUAAAAAAGUCAAGAGGCCAAAGCGAGCUGAGGCUAACUUUUAUCCAUCCUUCCCCACUGGUGCCAAUCUGGAAAGCCUGGAAAAAGAAAGACUAGAACUUCUGACAGACAUCAGGAUAAGGAACAAUAAUAGGGUCAUCGCAGACAAAAUGGCUCACACGUUCGCCUACAGACGAGAGGAGGUGGUAAACCAAGAGCCAAGAAUCAAGGACUUCAAAGACAGGUGGCCGGCACUGUUCCAACACAAAGAGAUCAAUGCAGAGUUCCAGAGGAUAAUGACCAUUCCUCUUGAGGAGAAGUUCAUGGCCCAGUUGGACAUUCACUCAAGUCAGCUAAUCACAGUCAUCCGUGCCAAAGGAGGAUCAACACGUCAAAAGACUGCUGACAUCAUGGACAUUUUUGACCAGACUGAAGACAUUCAUCUUCGGAGGGAGUGUGUCCUGAGAGCCCUCAUUAUCUUCCUGGGAGAAGAUCCAGAUGAGCUGGAAUAUCAAGGAAUAUCUGGACUCCAGAACAGAUGAUCUUCAGAAGGAGAUGGAGGAGCUCACAAUGGGUGUGUUUGUGAUACGGAAGGAGGGGGAAGGACUGCAGGAGCCACCAGCAGACAUCGGCAUCAUCAUCGAGGGCGUGGAGGUGCUGAAUGAACUGCCUUCAGUUGCCUCAGCUUGUGCCCUCCUUCUGGGUUUGCUAUAUGCACUCAACAUAGCAUAUCCAAAACCCCUUCAUUUCACGUUUGAAGUAGUUCAGAAAAUAAUCAUGCAGCUUGACCAACACAAGAUGUCCGCCAAAGUGCAAAGUCUGUAUGGCAGACUUCAAAGCUCAGAGUAACGACAAACAAAACAACAUUUUCCUCCUCUGGGCCAAAACAUGGCCUAGUGCUGUAUUAGCACAAUGGCGUCUUGACAUCGGACAUUGCUCAUGUAAAAGAAAAUGUUGUGGGUGCGGUAGGUUUUUGUUUCACCAUUUUAGUUUUGAUUCCAAGAAAUGGUUAUGUAUUCAGAAGAACAUAAACUUUGUUAAUGUUUAAAUAUUUGUUUCUAACAGCUUUCAUGCAGUGGUUUACUUAAGUAAAAUAUCUCUGUACUUAAUGUAUUUCACCAUUGCUUCAAUGUCCUGUUAAUGUCAAUAAGCACUACACUGAAGUUAAUGUGUUUUUGGUUAUCAGCCUGAAAUAGAGAGGUGCAGUGAUGAAGUAUUUUUGUAGGACGACCCUGAAGUAAGCUGCUGCUUCCCUUGACAAAAAGCAAUGGGAUUUCUCCAUAGGAUUUUGGAAUAUUGUAAAAGAAAUAAGAUCUGUGGAAAAUCGGUGGGUGUGUGUGUCCGCAUAUGUAGCCUGUUAUUGUCUCAUUAUA